AUGGCGGUUUCUCGACGGCGAUCAGGGUACAAAUAUGCCGAGGCGGCGACCGUCCGCAGGCAUCCUGAGAUACAGCACCCUCCUGAUGGCUACUGCUUGAUAGAGGCAGACCUGCAUCGUGCAACAACAUCCUUGGAGGUGGCGAGCUUUCCCUUCUUGGCCCAGCUCAAGCUCCGCUCGGCGAUAAACCUCUCGGCCGAACCCCUGCAUGACAAGGUCAACGGCUUCUUCCUCGCCGAGGGUGUCAACAUGCUACACCCGCAAUCUUUGGAGUCGUUCGACGGGCCGUACGACUUGUGGGAGGAAGCCGCGAAGGAAUCGCUAGAGCUGUUGCUGGACGCCGGUAACCACCCGAUGAUCCUUAUCGACAGCCCAACUGAGUGCGAGUCGGCGUGCCUGGUGGGCUGUCUCCGCCGCCUGCAGCACUGGAGCAUGGUGGCCAUCCACGACGAGUACCACAUGGUGACCAUGCGGAACACGCGAUACAGCACGAGCCAGAGAUUCAUCGAGAGGUUCGACCUGGACAUCGUCACCCUGAAGGCGAAAGCGAACCUGCCGCCCUGGUACAGGAACCACCUCGACAUGCUCGAAGAGGAGCGAACAGCCGAAGCAGAACUGGCUCGUCGAGACCCAGACCGGCCCGCGCGGGCGUGGACGCACGGCGUCUUGCCCACCCCUCUACCCCCCGAACAGAGAGAGGGAGAAAACGAAGGCUCGGAGAGAAAUACGCCGAAUAAAAUGCCGGCGGAUCCGCGCCAGCCUAUUUCACGGACCAACCAGAGUGAGAACAUCGUUUCGCACGAGCGGGGACGGCCACUAUCCGACCAAUCAACGGUCGACGGCGAUCAAGGUUACUUUCAGGCCGUCGGCGGGACACACACGGAAGUCGUAGAAGAAGCAGUUGCGGCGAGAUCUGGACAGUCGGCACAAGGGGGUGAUGACGAAGAGACAAUUGAAGGACGGGCAACUGAAAGGAGAACAGCAGGAGCCGGGGGAGGGGAGGGGGACGGGGGAGAGAGGGGAGGCGGAGAUGAAGAGGAGGGGACAAGAGCGGGGGUGGAGGUGGCGCGGAAGGUGGUACCGGACUUUCGACUGAACGGUUUCGUUUACGUUUGUCCGCUGGUGUCGGAGGGGUGCACCUUCACCGCGAAGGCCUGGCUGCAGGACGAGGACGACUGACAUGUGGUGUCUUUCGGGGUCCUGGCUACUGUAGGAGUGUACGUUUUGUUUUGGUUGAGGCCUCUCUGAUGUGUACCAGAUUGACUGGUUUGUUGGUGAUUAGUUGCUCCGGCGCGAUCAGUGUUUCCAGCUCGAAAUACGUUCAAUCGACGAGAAGUAUGCUGUCAUCAUUUUGUACCGAUUGAAUCCACAUCUGUUAGCGGUCUCGCAAAGUUCGUUAUUGUUGAUGGAGAGGUGCGCCAUGGUUUUGUUCGGGACGGUACGAGCUACGACGUAGGCGACUGGCAAGGAUGAGCUGCGUCAAGAGGGCACGUGGAUUCAAAUACAUGACUC